AUGGCCGGUUAUGGCGGAAACACAUUUACCGAGCGCGAUGGUUGGUGGUUCUGGGGUGCCUGGCUCGCAACCACCACCGGUGCCCUGACUGGCGCUGCUGUAUACGAUGUUUUCGUCUUCAUAGGCGGAGAGUCGCCUGUCAAUUACCCCCCAGCUCGACGUAAGAGAACCAAACUCAAGAAGGCGUUCAAAUGGAGGAAGAGGCUCGGUCUGGGUCAACGAAAGCUCCCGGAAAUCGAAGAGGGUCUCAAGGAUCUAGAGGCUUAG